UCUCUUUGCAGACCACCCUGUGGGAUUCUCCACUCGCCGACCAGAAAAGACAAACUGCAGGUGGCUGAUCAGCUUAGUCAUCGCUGUCGUUUUGGUCACCCACUGCUGUGCUUGGCCCUGGAGUGUCCUAAGGGACAGAGGAAAUUAGGACAGUGUCACGGUUCUGGGUCAGUUCGACCCAGCUUUUUGAGUUGUUAUGUUUUGUUUUAUUUUUGAAUGAUGGAUUGUUCUUUAUGUUUCUCUGGUGCUUUGUUGGGUCUUAUGGUGAAUCUGUGUUUGAGUUAUUUUGCUGUGUUUUGGCAUUAUGGAUUGUUUUCUUAUUCUCUUGUAGUGCUUGUGGUGGUGAUGAUAAUGAUGAUGAUUAGUUUCAUGUUUAAACCACCUUCACUCCUCCACGACUGCCUGCGAUUGGAUCCUCCUUUAUUUUUCCACACGGCUCACUCCACUCGCCGUGACAGUACGGUCCAGCCAGAUAUGGUUCCAGCGGCAUUCACCCCACCCACAGAGCUUUGGGAGCUCAUAACGGACUCUGCUUCAAAAUUAAUCAACCUGUGGUUAGAGCAUGAGGGAGAAGCGUUUCUCUACACUGUGGAAACCAGGCUACAACAGCUUAUUUCUGGUUAUCCCUGGCUACUGGACUCACUGCACCCGCCCGUACGGAAUUUCGUUCUCCACAAGCUUCACCUUCACCCCUCUGCCACUACCACUUGCCCGCUUGCUUCUACGGAGGACGUGCCGUCCAAACCGCCGGACGAGGAAUUACCCGACCCGUCGGAGCAGACUCCGAAAAGAAAGCGACAUUUGCGACGUCCACACCGUUGGCACGGCACCCCACAGCCGGAUGUCGGGACAUGUAAUCCACCGGCAGUGGUGAGCGAGAGGGACACUGUUUCUGCUUUGUCAGAUACAAGGACUAUUUAUUCUGGGGCUAUUUUUUGUGUUUCCACUGAAGAUAAUAGUGGUUUCUCUGUUUCAUCCAUGGCCAUUGCUUCAAAGACUGUCUCUCCUGAGCCCACGCUCUGUGAUAAUGACUGUGUCCAUUCCAUUGUCCCAUCCUCACUUCCACCCCAGCCAAACGUCAAGUCUGAAACAUGGCCCGCAGUUCAGUCAGCAGUUCAGUCAGCAGCCCAGCUGCCCGCAGUUCAGUCAGCAGCCACGCUGCCCGCAGUUCAGUCAGCCACUCCACCAACUGUUACACCUCCACUACCAUCAUCUUCGCUACCUGUAGCUCAGUUGCCACUAGUUCAGCAGCCUGCCCACUCAUUCAUUCAGUCACCAUCCUCACCGUCUCAUUGCAAGCAGGGAACACCAAGCCUCUGGGGAGGCCCUGGAGGGAGUUACUUCCUCGAAGAUGACCAGCUUUUGAGAACCAGCUUAAGUUUUCAUGAAGGGUGUCAGUCACCAGCCAACUCUGGACCCCUAGAGGUUAAGCCACCAGCUCCAGCAAUUUCACCUGAGAACUUUACUGAGCAGUCUCAGCCGUCAUCCCCUGCUGAGAGCUCCAGUGAAUUCACCCAUCCGCCUCAGUCCUCGGCUGAGUGUGUUGGAGAACACUUUCAGCCCUCCAAGGACUGCAUUGUGCUCAAUAAACCACCUUCACUCCUCCACGGCUGCCUGCGAUUGGAUCCUCCUUUAUUUUUCCACACGGCUCACUCCACUCGCUGUGACAGACAGGAGACUUACAGUUUUUGCCCAUUGCUUGAACACUAUAAACCCAUGCUUAGACUAAAGUAACACAACUUGAAGCUUUUGUUACCAUACCUUAAACAAAAGCGCUGCUUUGCACUCUAGUUGCAAUUAUGCAACACACUUACUCCUUUAUGCAACACACAUGGUCCUGCAUACUACACUCUAUUUCAUACAUAAGACACUUCGUUCAAAAAUGAAAUUUCAGGGUGCCAUUUGGAAAACACAUGUAUCCAAAAUACAAAAAUUGCAACCACUCAAAUACACCAGUGAUGGGAUUUCCGGCUCUUUUUAGAGAUCCGGCUCUUUCGGUUCGGCUCACUAAAAAGAGCCGGCUCUUUCGGCUCCGAACC